UGUACGAAAAGGUAAAAAAGUAUUUGUUUAUUUCCGGAGUCAUCAUGCCGAGCGAAGAGGCAACUGGCUCUGAGGAUGAGGAUAAAUCCAUUCAGCACUUUGCUGCACUAAGCAUUGGCUUUAUCUGUGUUGUCAUUGGAAUACCAUUAUGGUGGAAAACAACAGAGGUGUAUCGAGUGAGCUUACCAUACUCUGACAUCGCAGACCUAUCAAAAACAAAGUUUCAGUUCACAAUUGACAUUGAUGUGUUGAACUUGGAAAAAUCAUGGACUGAUAAAGAUCUGACAGACUUGUCCAAACUUUUGAAAGCAAAUUUAGUUGAUGAUAGAAAAUUAGCCACCAUUCUUUCAAAGUAUCGCGUGACAGUGCGACAAGCAGCAGAGAAACAAACAAGUGAUGUUAAUUCCUUCAAAACAUUAUCACAAUUUGAUGAAUACUUUCACGGAAAGGAGUCGUCUAUCAACAAAUAUCUCAUAGUUCUACUGCCAGUAAAUAAUGUAGUGGUUACAAAGCCAACCAUUGGAAAUAACAGAGCUGUGUUUUUGCCUGUUGGAAAGGGAGAUUUGAAAAUAGUUGCAACAAAGAUCACUGAAAUUCUUCACAGUGUUCUGGUUCGAGAAGACACCAUGGUCAAGUCUUUCCAGAAUUCGCUAGGUGCUAGGGAACCAAAGGACAAAGAAAGCAUGAGAUCCCUCAGCUAUCACCAGGGUUACGACCUCCUAUUUACCUUGGUAAACCCACAACCAGAUGUCCUGAAUGUUGAUUGGUCCAUACAGGAGGCAGUGAAGGCUUACUUAGAUCCCUUGUCUACUCAGCUGUCAGAUUACAUCAGCCUGGAUAUUAAGUCACAGAUGAUUUUCUUCACCGGAUUGAGAAGAAAACCAAAGAAAGACAGCAAGUCUCAGGGCUACUAUUAUGAGGAGGUAGAUUUACCUCACACCAUUAACCCCCUAGAGGCUAAACUAGGUUCUCAUGCCUCCAAUAAUCCCAUGUUGAACUUCAUUGUUUAUGUACCAAGCAGAGAUCAGUAUCCACUUCACAUUGUGGACAAGAAAGGUAAACAUGUGACUACCAACUCCUUCCUGAGUCCUCAGUGGGGAGGGAUUGUGAUACAGAACCUCCCCUCACCCCCUCCGAAUUCCUCCCUCCCGGCCACUGCUUCAGUAGAUAUGAAGACAGUCAUGGAGGUUUUCCUCACUCAGCUUAGGUUUCUGAUGGAUUUCAGCAUUCAUGUAGCACAGGAUGUGGACGUUCGAGAAGUUGGGAAUGAUGUCAUCAGAGAAUGGGAACUGGACAACUGGUUAAGAAAAAAAUGUGUGGAGAAUUUAGCGACCUCAAUAUCGACCCUGCAGUCACUGACAGCUCUGUUAGAAGGAAUUGGUAAUAUUGUUAUACAGGACGAUAUCGGACUACAGGUAGAGAAUGCAGUAACAGGUAUAAAGGAGGCCCAGAGGUACCUGGCUGGUGGGCAGAUAGCACGGGCUUUUACACAGUCACGAAAGGCCCUGGCCUCAUCAGAGAAAGCUUUCUUUGAUCCGUCCCUGCUAGAAUUGCUGUAUUUCCCGGAAGAUCAAAAAUUCGCCAUCUACAUUCCACUGUUUCUGCCGAUUGGCUUACCAAUUCUGGGAUCUCUGUUCAAAGCUUUUAAAUGGAUAAAGGCAAAACGGAAACAAAAAUUAAAGACUGAAUAAAUAUAGAUGUAGCUUACAUUUUAUUUUGAAUUUUUCUCAUCAUGAUUUUGUCAGUAUAGUGACAUGUGAUUUCAGAUUUAUUCCUGAUAUUAAGAUUGUGGAACUCCAUAAUUUUGGUAUGAAUUAUGAUUUCGUGUGUAAAGAUUUGCAGUUUGUGACAUGGUGCUUAGGUAAUAGUUUUUUCAUAAUACACUGUACAAUUACAGUGUAUGUAGUGAAUGAUUAUGUUUGAGAAAAUGUCAUAUUGAUUGUGAAUGUUUCUUUUCUUUCCAUUAUUUUUAUGUAAGACAUAUAAAUUGAUCUACCAUAAGUCAGUAUCAGGUUUACUUGUAUUUGAUAAAAAAAAAAUGCAGCAGCGUAUCUUGUUAAUGUAUUGUGAUGAAUCUUUGAAACUUAGCGUUUUCCGACAGUGUAUGAGAAUUUUUUCUACAGAACUUUGUUAAUUGUUUUACUUCCCAUUCAAGAAUUUGUCCCUCCACUGUGUAUGAAAAUUAUUGACACAAAUUUGAAAGUUUUUGAAAAUGCAUGUAUUUAAAUAAAUACAUUGUAUAUGAAUUUUUGGAAAAUUGAAAUAUGAAAAUUGAUCUUUUUUCCAUCGAGUCGAUGAACUUUUAUACUGUGCACAAUUAUUGAUUCAAAUCCUUGAAAAUUAAUUUUUUUCCAAAGAACUGGAAAUCGCUGUUUGUAUGAAAAUUAUUGACACAAUUUAAAAAGUGUUUGAAAGAACGUGUGUUUAGUAUGUUGAUGAAUUUCAUGGACAUUUAUGUAAAUAUGUACAUUUACACGAGAGUUCACAGACAUUUAUGUAAAUAUGUACAUUUACACGAGAGAUUUUCUGUGCAAUUCUAAGCUUGUUUUUAAACCGAAUCUUGUAAUAUGUAUCAAAAAUAUUAAAUUUAGGUAUUUCUUCAACCUAGAGCCUUUUGGUAGUCCUGUAAAAUUGUGGACAAUGCAUUUUUUCAAUGAAUAAUAAAUCACGCUCUAAGCAAGUGUUUAUGAAUCAUA